CGGAGGGCGGGCUGCUCUUAAGGCAGGUCUGGAGGUGAAGUGGCGCCUCCCCUUACUCCUCACCUGGACUCUGAGCGCCUUGGUCCCUGGAGCCAGUAGUGAACCCAGCAGCCUGCCCACCCGCGGACACCAGGUCCUGGGGACUCCUUUCGGCAAGUGAUAGUUCUGGGAUGUAAGUGAGCUGGUUGGGAGCCAGAGGUAGACCACCCGGGUCGCCAGCCCCACCAUGUCCCAGGUGAUGUCCGGCCCCCUGCUGGCGGGAGGCCAUGCAAUCGGUUUGGCUCCCUGCGAAGAACCCAGGAUGGCCCUGCACCCAGUGCCCGGCCCAAGUCUGCCGCCCCAGUGUCCUUACUACACCACGGAAGGCUGGGGAGCUCAGACCCUGAUGGCCCCCAUGCCCUCCAAGGGGCCCCCCAGCAGACUCCAGAAGAGCCCACAGGCAGAGGUCAAAGCUCAUGGCCUCCGACAGAGCCCUGGUGAGCGUGCCUUGGGGACCUCACAGGACCUCGACUCCUACAUUGACUUCUCACUGGAAAGCCUCAACCAGAUGAUCCUGGAACUGGACCCCACCUUUCAGCUGCUUCCUUCCAGUGCUGGUGGCCCCCAGGCUGAGCCUGCCCAAAGCACCACCUUGAGAAGCAAGAAAGAGGAAACUGAAGCCUUGGAUAUAAAGUACAUCGAAGUGACCUCCACCAGAUCGAGGUGCCACGAUGGCUCCCAGCGCUGCUCCAGCCCAUCUGUCAGCCCGCCCUUUGGCUCCCCACGCAGCGGUGGCCUCCUCCUUUCCAGAGACAUCCCCCGAGAGACUCGAAGCAGCAGCGAGAGCCUCAUCUUCUCUGGGAACCAGGGCCGGGGUGCCUCCCCCCACCCCUCCACCUCCCCCAGCAUCUCCAUCCCUUGCACGGGGAGCAGAGCCUCAGGCCCUCAUGGCUUGGGCUCCCCGCUGGUGGCUUCUCCAGGCUUGGAGAAGAAGCUGAGAGCCCUGGCCCCACAGCGGGGCAGCAGGGUCUCAGUGCUGUCAGCCAGUCCAGCAUCUGAUGUCAGCUAUGUGUUCGGGAGCAGCCAAUCCCUCCUCCAGUCCAGCAUCUCCAGCCCUCAGUCACCUUCUAGAUCCUUGGAAAGUCCAGCCAGCUCUUCCUCCAGCCUCCACAGCCUUGGCCCAGUGUCCCCGUUUAUGAGACCCAAUGAUGUCCAGGCCCCCAGCAACCCUGCUCUGAGCAUGGGCCAGUCCAGAGCAACCCCUUCUCCUCCAGUGGCCAAGGAGCAUGCCAGCAGCUGCCCACCUUCUGUCACCAAUUCCAUGGUGGACAUACCCAUUGUACUGAUCAAUGGCUGCCCACAACCACAAUCUCCCCCACCCCAGUGGACACCAGGACAGCAAGGGUUUGUCCAGCCUGGAUCUGCUUCUCCCAGCCAUCCCUGUCAAACCACUAAGAGCCACAGCCAGACCCAGCCAGAUGCCUCCUUUACCACGUCCCCCGAGGGUCCUGCCAGGGACAUGCAGCCCACCAUGAAGUUCGUGAUGGACACGUCUAAAUACUGGUUUAAGCCAAGCAUCACCCGAGAGCAAGCAAUCGAGCUGCUGAGGAAGGAGGAGCCAGGGGCGUUUGUCAUCAGGGACAGUUCCUCAUACCGAGGCUCCUUUGGCCUUGCCUUGAAGGUGCAGGAGGCCCCGGCAUCUGCCCACAACCGACCAGGUGAGGACAGCAAUGAUCUUAUCCGUCACUUCCUCAUCGAGUCUUCUGCCAAAGGGGUUCAUCUCAAAGGAGCAGAUGAGGAGCCCUACUUUGGGAGCCUCUCUGCCUUCGUGCGCCAGCAUUCCAUCAUGGCCCUGGCGCUGCCCUGCAAACUUGCCAUCCCACAGAAAGAACUGGGAGGUGCAGACCGGGUGGCCUCAAACUCCUCUACAGACAGCCCGGCCUCCUGCCUGAAGAAAUCUGCGGGCUGUCACACCUUGUACCUGAGCUCCGUGAGCGUGGAGACCCUGACAGGAGUCUUGGCCGUGCAGAAGGCCAUCUCAACUAUCUUGGAGAGAGAGGUCCUCCCCACACCCACUGUGGUCCAUUUCAAAGUCACUGAGCAGGGCAUCACCCUGACUGACGUCCAGAGGAAGGUGUUUUUCCGGCGCCAUUACCCACUCAUCACCCUCCGUUUCUGCAGCAUGGACCCUGAGCAACGAAAGUGGCAGAAGUACUGCAAGCCCUCCCGGAUCUUUGGAUUUGUGGCCAAGAGCCAGACGGAAGCACAGGAGAACGUGUGCCACCUCUUUGCAGAGUAUGACACGGUCCAGCCAGCCUCACAGGUCAUCGACCUGGUGACUGCUCUGUUGCAGAACACAGAAAGGGUGUAGGCAGAGGGAGCUUCCUGUGUACCUUCGCAGACAUCUCAAGGGAAGAUGUCCGUCCAAGAGCCACCUCCACCCGCUGAACAAUGGGCUGUGGCCACACUAAUAGAACCAUCUAUUGGACUGGAGAACGGUUAUCAAGCUGACAUCCUUGAACCUGCUCUGAACUUCAGCAGUAACCUUCAGCAGUAAUCCCAAGCCUGUUUCCUCAACUGAAAGAGGAGUCUGAUGGACAAGACCAGCUGCUCUUCUGAGAUAUUAAUGGGCAUCUUUAGCACGCUCCUCCAAAAUUCUGAGGCACACCCACUGCAAAGACUUCUGCUGAAAAUCACCUCCAAGAACCCUCUGACUCCAUCAGCAGGAAGAGAAUUCGAAUAACAGCCGGAGUCAGAGACCUGUGGCCCUGUCUCAUGGCAAACAGCAGGUUCUGGGUCGUGACCCAUGGGGAUCCCACCCUGAGGCUGGUGAUGGUAUGUGAAGAUUGAGGACAGACUCUCUAUUCUUUUCCUCACUUACCUGAUGGCCUGUUGGAUCCACCUACCCAGGAGUCCACAGGUGGAUAUUGUGGCAGUGCAGGAGUGAGGGGGUGGGGCUUCUGCUUAUGAGCAGAGGAGAUGAGAUGCAGUUUUUCAUUCUGUCUAAUCUCUUCCCAUUGCAAAUGAGUAUUAGCCCCAUCUUUCAAUUUCUUGGUAAGCAAAUGUCCCAAAGCUCAACUGCCCCAGUGUUGCUUACAUAACCUACAUCUGGCAGAUAGGGGUAGAGAGAACCCUUUCUAGAACAAAUAUAAGCGCAGCUCUCUGUGGUUCUGCUUCAACCCCAGUCUUGCUGCUGAGUGGUCCCUACACACACACACACACACACACACACACACACACACACACACACAGAGCUAUGUGGUGUCAACUGGCCUCACAGCCACAAGGGGGCAGCAGAGAGUCAAGAAUGCAAAGAGGCGGCUUCCCCGAAGCUUGGAGAAGCUGGGCCCUUUCCUGCCCAUCUCUGCUGGGACCAAACCAGCUAUCCAGAAGCUGAAGUCUUUUCUCUAACAGGCCUGGGUUCCUAAGGAAACCACACCAUGGCUGGGAGGGGAGGCUCAGGGAAGAAGCCCGCUCUGGCUCUGUGCAGAGCAAGUGCCUGCCGCCUCUCAGACCAGCUGUGCCAGAGCAUCAUUAUCUUUGGCCAAGUUGGGCCUGACACGGGUUAUGAUUUCAACCCAGGAAACCAAACCAGACUGGAGCAGUCCUGGGCUGUGGGACAGAUUGAGCCUAGCCCACCCAGGCUGUGGUCAGUUGCUGCCCCACCCCUGGAGUCUGCCAAGGUCCUCAAGUCACAGUCCUCAGUCCUAUGGCAGGGGGAGAGGGUUGCUGGCAUAGUCCCCUGUAAGCUCAUGGGUGCCUUGUAUGGCUCUCAUCAUAAAAAAUAAAAUGUCUGUCUUUGCAUAAGAGUUGGUCCAGGGCUGGCUGUCUCCUCGGAGAUGGAAUCCUAAACAGAGAAGGGGACUUAACUUAUUGGGCAGUAAUUGUCUCAGAGAGAUCAGGUGGUCACAAAAAUACAGGCUCCCACUGACUCCCACCUCACAAACCAUCACUUAAACCGCUCUGUCCCCCACAUGCCCAACAUACCCCUUUUCCUUCUUCGUGCCUCUCUGCCAGGAAAAUGGAAGGGUUGGGGUUCCCCUAUGUCCAGGGCCUAAGGUGAAUUUGUGGCACCCUGAUGAGUUCCAAAGUCUCACUCAGCCUCCCUGAGUUGUGAGGAGAGUAGGGUGAAGUACAAGCAGCUCAAAGGGAAUAUCUGAACCCAGAGGACGCCCAAGCUACUGGCUCAGCCCUGAAGAACUGGACAAUGGCCUUGGGUAUUCUACCCCAGCUUCUAACCGGAAGCCCUCCCUCCCCACUCCAGUCCUAGGGUAUUCCCCCCCCAGACUGUUCCAGGUCCUGAGAUAGUGGGGCAUGCCUCAAGGUCACCAAGUAGUGCACGACGGGGGCUGCAGAGGUACCUACUUUCCUACAGAGCCUUGGCUCAGCACUCCUUCUAUUUGGGCUGAGCUCUAUAUCUUGGUGGCAGGGGCUCCCCCAAAGGGCCUGUGAAGAGACCUUCCCAAUAGCCUUGAUCCACCAUUAGCCAACCCCUGCUCCCACUCCCAACUGCCAUUCCGACCUGGAGCUCCUCUCAGCCCCCUGCACCUGGGCCUCUCAGCCCAGCCAGGAACAAAGCUCACGGAAAGCGAUCUUCUCUGCGGGAUUUGCCAUCAUUCAUCUUUUCUCCAAGAAGAUUUAGCAGAGAACCUGCCUUGGUCUUUUUUGCUGACAGGUAUGAUAGUCAGCCCAGCAAGAGUGGGAGGACUAGAGGCUGAGGGGAGCCAGGAGGCAGAGGGCAGAGGGUCUUUGUACCUACAUGGUGGCAUUUUAGUUUUCUCUCCAGGAGGAUCCAGGCCUUGCAGUCCGUGUUUCCCCUCUAAUGUCCCCCCACCCCAUCUGCAUCCCUCCCAUCCCUUUCGACGUCUCUGAACACUCUGGCCACCUGCCUCCCUCACGUUCCCCCUCCCACUUCCUCUCUCCUUCCUAGCCUCUUCUCAUCUUGCCUUCUACCCAGCCAACCCCUCACCCUUUCCAGAAAACCCUUCCCUCCCUCUUGCUCUUUUCCAACUUCAUUCCCUUGCCUUUUUGUCCAGGUGGCUGGACCCACAGCAAAGCCCAGCUGCUGGGGAUAAUGAGAAGGGGAGGCAACCCCUGCACUGCAGACCUCGCAGACCCAGAUUCCCACACCCCUCAACCCUGCCUCCUCUCCAGCUGGAAAGCAGCCUCUCCAGAAGGCUAAAGCUCCUCCCCCACACCCUCUGACCUCUGAUGAGUCACCUCCCCACAGACAUGUCCCACUGUGGACCAACGCUGCUCACCUCUGCAGUUUCAUCUUUGGCUUUCGAGCCAUCACCCUGGUGCCACCCAAUAGUGGGUUUAGAGCCAAGGCAAGGAAUGAUGGGUGGUUAAGGGCUCCCAACUCAGAGACUGAUGCCUCAAUUCAUGCAGCAAAUGUUUUCUGGUGACAAGCUCUGGUCACAUGAACCAGUGAAACAGAUAAAUAUGACAGUGUUAUUAAACAGUUUGCAAGCCAGGUAUGGUGGUGCACGCUAUAAUCCCAGUAUCCUGAGAGACUGAGGCGGGAGGAU